AUGAAAGAUGAAGACACCAUCACUGCUGUUGGUGCCGCUUUUGCCAUCCUGUCUGUGUUGGCGGUCAUAGUCCGCUUCUAUGUACAAUUUGCUCUAAAAUCGGGAGCAAAAUGGGAUGAUUGGUUGAUCCUCACAUCACUCCUGCUCAUGCUUGGAAUCGAUGUCCUCUCCAUAUACGCCAGCAGUAUGAAUCCCACGGGGCCAACGACGGCCACCGUCGAGACUGAGUCACACGAUUACUCCCCAAAGGACCAGCUUUACACCAAAUUCAGCUGGACGAUGAGCAUGGUCUACUUUUCCGUUUCUGCUACAACUAAGCUUUCGAUCAUCUUCAUGUAUAAACGGAUUUUCGACUGCGACGCGCUAUUCCGCCGCCUCAUCUUCGCUCUGGCUGCAAUCGUGGUCGGAUUCUGGAUUGGGUGCACCGUUGCCAACUUGCUGAACUGCAUUCCUAUGAAAUACGUAUGGAUCAACAGUCUGUCUGACCCGCGGUACUGCUUCAACUACAACAUCUUCUGGUUCGCCUCUGGCCUUGCCGAGGCUGUGAUCGAUAUCUUGAUUAUCAUCCUGCCAAUUAAGAUUGUGCUCGGGCUGCACUUGAGCAUUAGACAAAAGAUUGCGGUGGCGUCCGUAUUCAUGAUAGGUGCCGUCGUGGUCCUAUCAGGACUUCUCAAAGCCAUCUUUGGCUACCUUCCCGGAAGCCGCCAACCAUCCUUUUUCCACACACAGGUCUGGACUAGUGUUCACUGCGGCACUGGGAUAGUUUGCGCGUGCCUUCCAGUGUGCUGGCCUCUUGUUGUUCGGAUAGGUAAAAUCAACAUGAGAAGCUGGGCUGGCCCUUCAUUUUUGCGAAACUACUGGUAUCGUCUCAGUGGUUGGGUCUCGACUGAUAGGGGAGGGAAACAAUCAUCUGGACGAUCAGGGAGAUCGAGAGAGGAGGAAGAUGGGGGUUUUCAACUCACAAAUAACUUCACCAGUAGAGGGUUUGAUAUAACCUUUAGCGGAGUGGAUGGGGAGCGGUACACCAAAGACGUAGAGCGACAGAAAUACUGA